ACCCCCAAAGUGGAGAGGGGCAAAAUAAUUUUAGCAAAGUUAACCUCGUCAAUUCUCAUUGUCAGUGAUGAAGGGAACCCCAUCAACUCCCCAAUAAUGUCGAAAACUACAAUUGAAGCCCAGCGAAUAAUCUCCGAGUGAUCCAGGUCCUUCAUAAAGAAAAAAAAACUCAAUUAUCACCUCUUCACUACUGGGAAAGUGCACAGGUUCCAAAAAUCCCCGAUAAUUCCCCCCAGACCGCCACCCAAUCGACCGUAAAACAAGUGAAGAGAAAAAGCAGCAAAAUUACAUAAUGGAAACAUCGGACAAUGAGCAGUACAUAACGUACUCCCUGUCCUCAGUCCACGACCUUCAGCAAACAAUAAUUUCCCACGAGGAGGUGUGCGAGCCGACGGUAUCAGUUCUCUCCGAGACACACGCGGAGAUUCUCGGUGAUAAAACCUCCUCCGAGGACGACGAGAACUCCAUCGUCUACCCAAUCUACAUAAAACAAGAGGAAAUCCCCCAGUACACAUCUGGCGAUGACGAGUCAAUGGCAGUCGAGGCGCUCCGUCAAUUGGGGGGAAUGUACCCCACUUUCGACGAAAAGUCAAAAAUACCAAAUUCAUCGAUGAACGACCCCACUACACCCCCCUCUGACAAACCCCCGAUGAGUAAAAGUUGUUCGACAAAGAGAGAGCCAUUAUCAGGAAGCAAGAAUUUUGGCAAAUACUCUUGUCAAACGUGUGGCGAGAAAUUCGAGAGAAAACUAGACCUGAAUAACCACAUGGUUUGCCACCAGGUGGAUCGUCCCCACGCCUGCAGAACCUGUGGCAACCUCUUCCGCUCGAAAUCCAGCCUCCAAACUCACAUAACCCAAGUCCACAAUCAGGAGAAGUCCCACAAGUGUACAAUAUGCGGAGCAGAUUUCCAGAGGCCAUCGUCCCUCUCCAAUCACAUGAAAAUCCACACGUACGUGGCAGGAAGGGCUUUGAUUUCCCAAUCAGACAACUUGUCGCAGUCUCCAACAUGUUCAGGUCAAACAGUUGAGAAUUACCAAGUGACCCAGGUGAAUUGGCAGAGCUACACAUUCCAGACUGACCAGAACGAACUGGACCAGGAGAAACUCGAGCUUCAGGAGUUCACGGUAUUGCCAAAUGGCGAGGUUGCCCAGUUCGAGUAUCCUCAGACGUACAACCUCAACCUGGAGGGUCUGCCAUUUGAGCAGCGAAAGGGCCAAUUCGUGACAGUUGAGGUGGAGCAAAAGCCAGGGCAGUUCACCUGCACCCACUGUGGCAUUGGCUUCACAAGAGCCACCGCCCUGGCGUCCCACGAGAAGAUUCACAAAGCCUGGACGAUGCCGAUAGAGUGUGAAUUCUGCGACAAGCAAUUUCAGGACAGCAAUCACUUGGCCUCACACCAGACAACGUGCGCCAAAAAAUUGAUGCUCAGCAAUGGUGACAAUGCCAAUGGCAAGUGGUCCAAGCACGCCUGCUCUGAGUGCGGCAAAAAAUUCACCACCAAGCAGAAGAUGUUCCGCCAUCAAUGGAUCCAUCGGAAGAAGACACAUUCCUGUGAAGUUUGUGGUGCCCAAUUUGAGAAGCAAAAUCAGCUGGACGAGCACAGAUUAUCAGCACACCCUGGGAUCUCUCCGUUCACAUGUCCAGAGUGUGGCAAGUGUUUUGUGUCGAGACAGGGCUUGUGGGAGCACACUAGAACACACGCCGAGGGGCCAGCGCAUUUUCAAUGUGACACAUGUUCCAAGACAUUCUCCUCGAGACAGGGCUAUCUGAUACACCACAGAACUCACACUGGGGAGCGGCCCUAUGGCUGCAAAUUCUGCUGGAAGGCUUUCAGGGACGGUGGCACACUGAGAAAACACGAGAGAAUUCACACUGGGGAGAGACCACACGUGUGCCCUCUGUGCUCGAGGGCGUUCAAUCAGAAGGUGGUGUUGAGAGAGCAUGUGAGAUGGGUUCAUGCUGCUGGCAAGAACGAGACUGAAGUUGUUGGCCCACCCUUUCCCUGCCCUCUCUGUGGGGCCUUGAAUCAGGACAGGGAUGAGCUGUGUGCUCACAUUGUCAAGCACUCGGAUCAGAUGAUUGCGGAGGCCAAGGCCAAGAGUGUCAUUGAUCCGCUGAGUACAAAGAGCAGUAAGAAGAAGGGCAAAGGAAAGGGCAAGCCAAAGCUCGCCAAGAUCCAGGACGGCGAGACGCUUCUGCUCGUGGCCACUGAGGAAGCUGGAGAGGAUCUGCAAGGGGACCAGCAAGAGGAGGUCAAGGAAGUUGUGAAAGAGGAGGUCAGUCAUGUGCUGAGGGUGCAGUUCGUUGAUGAUAAAGAGAGCACACUGCAGAUCAUUAGUAAGGAGAAUGAAGCCCUGCCUGUUCUUGCUAUUCCCAAUGAAGGUGAGGAGUUUGGGGGAGAAAUUGAGACCAUUGAGGAGGGGGUUUAUCAGGAGAGUGACGAUGAGAGGGAGAUGGAAAUCAUCUGCGGGAUAUGUGGGGACGAAUUUGGGGAUAAGAAUAAUCUUAUGGAGCAUGUUAAAAUUCAUAUUUAAAGGGGGCUUGGCUGUUGUGAUGUUACACGGUUUCACAGAAGUCGGAUGUCGUCGACCGCAGAAACGAGACUGACCUCAUUUUACAUUUUACGUGAAAAACCACGUCCAUUCCUUUUUUCUAAAUUUUUCAAAUUGUUCAUUUUAGCAGUUUUUUAACAUUUCAUAUUUUUUUUCUCGAAAACUAGACGUGCUAGAAAGAUUUCUCAAACGAAAUUUGAAAUCAGCAUUAAAAUAUCUAUCAGACGGGGUCUGUUUUGUUUUCGAGGUCAAAUACGUCCGAAUUUUGUUAAACAGUGUUAUCAACAUGUGUUUUGUACACUUUUGUCAAUGUGAUAAAUUUCUUGUUGGAUCCAAUGGAUUUGUUGUUUGGAAGAAA